AAUUAAGCUAUGACGUACUAUCAUAUGACUUCAUCAGUACAGUAGUCACAUGCUUUUCACAUUCAAUAACCAUGUGUCGUGUGACCGUGAGAUACAAUAACACACGAGCCGUGAAAGCAUUGUGAUUUAAAGGCCCGGACAGCAAACGUUAGCCAUUAGCCAACAUUCAACGUUUAACGUUACGUUGACAGCGACUCUGAGGCUCAUUAGAGGACAUCAACUUCCUCAACGCUGACGGGAAGUUAUUCACGUCUCCUUCAUCUCUUUUUGCAGGUGGAGGGAUGAGUCUCUCCCCUGUGGGUGGCACAGUAGUGCCAGAAGCAGCUAACGGGGUUUUGACACCCGUCUCUUCAGAGAAAGGACCUCACGUUCCGAUCUCGGUCAAAUUUGCGGGGAGCAGAGAGCCAUGUCCUGGGGAGGAAGAUACAGAGAACCACGUAGAUGCGGAAAACAGAGUUUACGAUGGCGAAAGCCACCUGGGCACAGAGAAGUACAAUAAUGGAAGAACAUCUACUAGUUUUACACAGCACACCCCUCAUGUGACAGACGCCUCACUGCCUGCUGCCUCCCGCACAGGAAGCACAGACAUUUGUGAGGCCUGUGACAAUGUUGAGCCUCCUGAUGCAGCUCCUUUGUGGGACCCGGCACAGCAAGCACACUGCAAAGAGUCAUCUCAGCGAGGAGGCCUUGCCGCUACAGGCAGACAGCAGAAUGAGACAGACUCCUCAGAUAGAGACAACGACAGUCGAGAGAAACAGGAUGAGGAGGAAGAUGAGAAAAAUGAAAAAAAGUGGAUUAAUCAGCGUGCAGGAGGGAGAACAAAGGCAGAGUCUUCACGACACUACUCCUCCUCAGCCCCUGGUCCCAGCACCUCGUCCACUUCCACUCCUCCCCCCCCUCUUCUUCCCUCAGACGAUAUCCCCUGCCCUCCCCACGUCAUGGCCCAGGUCUGGGUACGCAACGUCAGGGGGAUGCAGGACAGCAAGAGCCUGGAUGAAAUCAGCCAAGCUUGUGGAGGUGGUUCGGGGCCCCGGGUUGGGGGCAGAGGAGGCCAGUCAGAGGGCCGCAGGGCCACUAUCUCCUCAGCUCUGGAGCUAGAGGGGACAGUCAGCCAAGACGGGGAUCUGACUCAUUUCAUCACCAAGAACCUGGAGCAGAAAAUCAAAAUGAGCUCCAAGCCCAGUCUGGACUGCAGUGACUCGGACUGUUCAGGUCCCAUCUACCGAAGCCGGGGAUUGUCCCGGAGACCAGCGGACAUCCCGCCCAUCGAUCCCGCCGUCCUGUUGGAUCUUCAGAGACACACCCAGGAUGUGGCGCACAGUGUGGAGAUGAUGAUGCGGAGCCUCAACGGGACAAUUCAGAAUAUGACAGCUCUCAGUGUGGGCUACAUUCAGACCUACAGAGACUCAGUGGACAGCUUGGGAGAGUCUGUCGACAUGAGUAUAAAGGGCAUGUACACACUGAUGGCUCGCUGCGAGGAGCUGGACCGCUCCAUGCAGCCCAUUCACACCCUGUCGGCCCAGAUCCGUGACAUCAAGCGCACCCUAGACGCUCUGGAGGCGAUCUGCAAGUAGCCGCUUUUCAACACACGGCCCAGCUGCAGAGUUCCAGCAGGGAGCACAUCCGGAAUGGUGCUGAGUGCAAGUCAACCCACCUUUCUGCAGGCAGCAGGUUAAAUAAUGAGCGCACCUCUUGAUUCCAGGAACCAUUGCUACUAGGCAUGCUGGGAUUCAGUCAGUCCCGCCGCUUGUUCGUCAUUUGAAGAUGAUCAUUGUUUGUUUGUUUUUGAGAUUCCAACUGAAUUGCCAUUGAUUUGCUGAUUUGAUUCUGUGUUUUAAAAGCCACCAUCACAUCCUCUAAUGAAUUGGUCGUGAUACGUACCUCACUAAGCAACCUGUUUUGGAGACACUCGGUCCAGUGCCCUGAACACACACACACACACAUACACACAAGAAGAAGAUCCACUCCUACAAACCGAUCCUUGAAGAUGAGUUUACAGUCUGUGGAGGAAUAUUGUGUCGUUAUCCGUCCAGGCCGCUUUUUUCAGAUUGCACUAAUGUUUGCUCACCACAUGGGGGCGAUGUCUCUCUCUCUCUCUCUCUCUCUCUCUCUGCGGAUAGAGAGGACAGAGUGAACUGCUCAGUAGACAGACCUUUGCACAUGGAACUGAAAGUCUAUUUUUUAACCUUAUGCAACAACCGAUUCUUUCACUGCAGGCUUAAUGAGGGGAGCUUCAGUUCUGUCUCUCUGUCCGUCUUUGUUUUAAUAUUUAUUUAUUCAGUUUUUGCAGCGUGCUAGCAUUUUUCAACAACACUGCAAACUACACUGCUACUCUGUUACUGGAAACUAACCAGUACAAAUGGAAUUUUCUCCACUGAACUCGAGCAUUUUGAGUAAGGUCAAAUACUGCUUGAGGGUACUUGUCGGAGGUAAUGAAAGUGUUUCACUUUUUCUACUCGGAUUCUGUCAUGCUGUUUAUCAAUUAAAAACUUGCAAACUUUA